CUUUUUAACAAAUCUCAAACAUUUUUCGUAGAUGAAGAGUCUUGCUACUUUGAAUCAGAUAUAUAUAUAUAUAUAUUGUUUGCUAAUUAAAAUAAUUGAUAAUAAUGACUUGCAAGCACAAAACGUCAAUAAUAGACCUAACCUCAAAUUGACAGUUCGUAUAUCGUAAACAUAACAUGUACAUACAAUAAUUUAGUGCAUCCUUGGGAAAUUGCAUUUUAGAAGUAUUUCAAAGUACGUGUACAUUUUUAGUCUACUGAUAUGGAAAUUCUGUAAACUGUCAGAAGAUGGAUUUGAAAGCUACAGUCGUUUCUGGGGAAGCUCCAGAGUCUGAUGAUGAUGCGUCAAGUAUUGUUGCAGGUCUAGGAUUUCUUACAAUGCAAACACCAUCAACUUAUUGCGGUACCAUUAUCUCGGGUGAAGCACCAGAAUCUGACGAUGAUCUAACAAGUUUGAGCAGCAUUAGUGGAGCUGUAGAUGUCAUGGCAUGUCCUCCUUACACAGAUUUCAAAAUACCAAAAUCUAAAAAAAGUUCUAUCAAGUAUAACAGUUUGCUUCACAAGAAAUUACAUGAGUGCAAUGAAACUCUGGACAGAGAUAUUCUGCAAAUGACCGAGGGCACAAUCACAACCAGCAUACAAGAACUGUCGACUGUUAAUCGACAACUGCUGAGAAGUGAACUGAUAUUACAAGAGGCUGGCUGUCAGUUACGUAAUGCGUCUAGUCGAGUGAGGGAUGCCUCCAACACUCUGCGCCAACUUAUAAACGACAACUUCUUGCAUUCUAUUAAAACUUAAUUCCUAAAAUUA